UUUAGUAUUUUUCAUUUAUUUUUAACCAUAGAAAUGUGUGAAGCUACAGGAGAUACAAUCAACUGGAAAAAAUUGUGGCAGUUAACAGCCGGUUUUAACAAUGAAUCUAGCACUAAUUUCGUGGAAAAUACUCUUUUACGAAUUAAAGAUAAUUUAAAAAUCGGACUACUUUAUUAUAAACCGUGUUCCAGAAAGUCUUUAGAGAAACUUAAAACUGACACAAUCAAAGAUGAUUUCAAAUUGAAAACAUUUUUUGAACGGCUUGAAAAAUUCGUGGGGCUUGAUGCAUUGCAGUUAUGGGAUAUUUUAUGUUACUACCUAGUAACUGAAUUUCGUGGUUCUCCUACAGCUUUAGUUAAAUUUACAAUAUCUGAAACAAAAGUAUUACAAUUACUUGUAGACAUAUGGGGCUUUUAUUCAUCAGAACGCAUGUUUAUGUUAAAACUUUUAGGAGUUUUAAUUGAAUACAACAAUAGUGAAUCACAUCCUUACAGAUAUCAGUAUAAGCUUGUUCUCAAUGCUAUUGGUCUUGAAGACAUUAGAGAUUCUCUUUUAAAACAAUUUGAAGGUUUAAUAAGGGAACCACUUCCAACUGUUUUGUCACAUGGUGAUAUAUGUACUCUCCAAAUGCAAAGAUUAUGGGCUGAACGCAAUAUGAGAGAAUUAAUUCAAGUUUUGAAUUUGCUUAUUGUUGUUGUGGGUGAAGUACAUAUGACUUCAACACAGCUAGAAGAACUUAUAAUACUUUUCAAAGAACACAAUUUUGGAAGAGAACCUAGGUACCUGCGCAUUUUAUCGGAGAAACAUGCAGAUGCAAUACAAAGAAUAUCUCAUUUUGAGGCUGUGCUGUUUUUAACGUGUAUGGAUACUCAAAAUUUUGCCAAAAUUUCAAUGGAAACAUGGAUAGGCAAAAUGCAUAAAUCAUUGGAUCAGCUAAUGAUAACAUUACAUUACAAUGAAGAACACAGUGUAUUUCUUUUAUCUUGGAUGUUAUUUAACUAUAAUUUUAAGGGCAAAGAUGCUUUUCAUAAUAGAUACAGUCAGUUUGGUAUUAAGGCUUUGCAAUUAAAUGUUUUUGAAUUUCUGACAAAAGUUCUCAGAAAUGUUUCUUUUAAGGAUAAAUCAAAAUUGUCAAAAACAGCAUACAGAAUAGUAUAUAAUUUGCUCAUUGAUAUGUGUGAAAAUUUUGAUUGCGAUGGUUCUGUAUCGCAUUAUCCUUUUGUCUAUGAAUUGUGUUCCGAGUUGCUUAGUGUAAAAUUUAUUGCAAUGGAUUUUCUUGCAAAUAUAGAGAAAGGAAAUGGUAUAACAACAAUAUGGAAUAGUGCGGUUGAAAUGUUUCCUUAUGAAUUCAAUGCUCUUAGUCAAAUAUGUGAUUCAUUGGCCAAAUGUGGUGAUCCUUGUCAUCAGUUCGUAAUGCAGAAGCUUUCCAAUCUACCAAUAUUCACUGAAUUACAUAAUAAUGCUUGCAUUCGCAUAAUUCCCUUUUCCGGGCCACCUACUUCUGAGCAGUACAUUCUCGAGCAGGACCAUCAGCCUUUAGCGAGCAUAGAUUACAAAAUUCCAGCAGGUUCAAGAGUUCUUAUUAGGGAUAUUAAGAAACCUAAUACCCAGUUGCAAUGCACAUUAAUACAGUUCGGAGCACUGGUUACUUAUUGGAAAGUCUUGCAUUCAGAAAUAAUUCAAUUGUUGGAGGGUACCAGAAGAGGUUCAAUAAAUCCAGAUAUUGAUCUCUUUAUUAGAGUUGAAAGUGGCAUAAAACUAAUAGCAGUUUGUAUGAAGAAUAUUAAGAAAACUUUUGAUGUUCCAGAGCAAUUAGUUUAUCCAACUGAAAUGGUUUUCGAUCUUACUCUUAAGUAUAUGAUAUCAUCAGAUCCUCCAGUCGAUCUUUUAACAAGCUGUUUGAAUGUUUUUGCAAGUUUGGUGCCAUUGUUUGGUGAUGAAAUUCAAAAAAAAUUGUGUAGAACUAAUUUGUUACCAAGCAUCAGUAAUUUUUAUUUGCAUUACAAAGAAUACGCUCGCGGAGAAAGUUUUCAUUCAAAUGGCAUGGGAAAUUUUUUAAUAAAUGUUGCUAAACCAACAGGACAGUUUAAGUUUAUUGUUGCAUAUAUGAAUUUGCUUUCUACAUUUUUUAAUAAACACCCUUCGUCUAGUGUAAUGGAGGUCCGAAUGCCUGGAUUGAUAUUCAUACUCCUCGAUCUAUUUCCUCAUGUAUCGACUUGGCAUUUUAAUGAUGAGAAUGAACGUCACAAUAUUUUGUUCAGCUGUGCACAAAUUUUUCUUAAAAUAUUGCAGUAUGACCAGAGUGAUGAUAGUUUUGGUCAUGAAAUACUACAUAAGACUCUUGUUUAUAGCUUAUUGAAUAUUGAGAAUGGCACAGCUCUAUUAAAAUUAGUUGCAGUUGGGAAUCCUUACUUGCAAGCUUUGAUGGAAGAACAAACAAAUUGGGUAACUGGGCCUGGUAUACAAAAAAUCAGGCUUGUUCAGACUGCUAUAGCAAUAUUAAUGCAGAUAUUGAGAUUAAAAAGAUUAGUUUUGGAAAAAGAUACUCUUGCACCUUUAGAACAUAUAAUCUAUACACAACCAAAACAAAAAGAUGCACUAAGAAUUGUACCAAUUGUCACUGGAUACAUGAAUCAUAUUUUCAAUAAACAUUUGCCCAGUUUAGCUUGCCGCUUACUUAAGAGAUUUGCAUUGGAGAUCCAAAUGUCAUUGAUGGCAUGUCUGGAUAUGGAAUCAGAUCAGAUUAGGCAAAUGUUUCUGGAACGCUUGCGUGAUGAAACAGAGAAUGAAGAUUUAAAAACUGCCAUUUUAGAGCUGGUAGCUGCUUGUGUUGAAAGGCAACCAGGUCUAACAGAGGCUUUUUUUAAAGUCUACCAUCCCCAAGAAAAAUUAAAAACAUUUUACAAAUCUGAAAAGCAUGAUGUGGCCGAAGGAGUUCUCAGUUAUAUGGCAGAAUAUUUGAGUGUUGUUCAUAAGGAUCCUUUACGUUUGAAUAGUCCACUUUUAACUAGAAUUAUGAAUCUUUUCCAUUCACUUUGGAAAAAUCACAUGGAGAUGCUAGUUUCAGAUUUUCGCCAAGAUGAAAAAUUUUGGAAUUAUUUCACAACUCCACUUUUUAGUGAGAUAUGUCCUGAUACUAAAGCAUACUCUCAAAUUCUGAACAUUAUUAGUUUAGAAUUGUUUAAAAAUCAUGGUCUUCUUGAUAAAAAUUUAAAAACAUCUCUUGAAAUACUAUUUGAUAAAAACAAACCUCAUUUAAAAUCACUGUUGGAUCAUGUAUUUGCUAUACCUACAUGUGUGGUUGAACCUAUAUUGGAUGAAACACCAGAAUGGUUAAGUCUACUGACAUCAUGGAAAGAUUUUUUGACUAUAGCAAUGAAAUUUUUACCAUUCAAACUAGAUCCAACAGUAAAAGGUUUGUGUUUUAUCAAAUGUUUAGAAGUAUUGAACUCUCAAAUUGUGGAGAUGAAAGAUUUGAGAACUGUUAUAAUACUCUCGGAACUUUGCAUGGUCAGUUUGUCAUACUGGAGAAAUGAAAGUAUUUAUGGUAUCAGCCCUAAAAUUCUAUCCGAGAAUACAAUAAAAUUAAUUCAAAACAUAUUUGUAUCUUACGAUUUAUUUCAUAUGCGCGCUAAAGAAGCAUUGCUUUCUACUACAAUUUACUUGAUAAACAGUCUUGAAGAUUUAAUAAAAACUGAUAAUACAUUGUCAGUGAUUAUCCUUGAACCACUGUGUCGAAUUGUAUGUUUGGAAAUUAGAUUUUUAACAAAAGAAUGCAACAAUGCUUCUGAUAGAAAAGAAUCAACUUUAAUGUGUCAUCAAAAUCUCACUGAUAACACAUCAAUAAGUCAAAUAUCAAAUAAAAAGAAUGAUAUACCAAAAAUAGAUCAUGAUGUCACUCCUGCUGUCCUUAGCUUUAGUGCCAUAACUCAGCUCUUGAUACUUCACAAAGGUGGAUCGGAAAGUUGGAGAAAUGUUAUGAUGGAAACAUGCUUUGUUAACAAUAUAUUGAUGUGUCUCGAAAGUAUUGUGCAAAUACCAAAAAAAAUGAAAAUUGCAGUUGCUGCUUUUCAUACACUGAUACAUUUAACUCGGGGCAUUUUCUCUAAGAUGGUGCUUGAUUUUAAUGUGUCACAAUAUCUCUGGUUGCAAUUGUUACCACCAAAAUGCAUGGUUAAGGAAAAUUCAGAUACUAAUGAUACAAGUCUGUGGAGGGUGUUAGAUUGGUGGCAAUUGUACAGAAGUGGCAUAGAUUUUGUUCGUGUUGCAUUAGAACAGAAUCCUGAUUUUUUCAUGCAAGCAAUAGUGUUUGUGAGUGUUCAUGAAGAAUUUAUUCUUGAUGCUAUUUUGUUGCCCAGACAUUCCAUGGACAUUCAUGCAGUUCAACUUAGUGUUGCAGCUCUGGAAUUAGUUAAUGAAAUGAUCAAGUUUGGAAAAGAGUGGAAGGAUGAACAUGAAUCAUCUUACAUCAAUGUAAUGAAAGCUACACAGGUCACAGCUGACUAUGCUAUUUCUUUAAUGCAUCGUCCUCGAAUGUUAAAGUGCUAUGUGGAAGGUAUAACUGCAGAUUUGUUAAAUCUAAAUCGUAUCAGUGUUACACCUCAGCCUUCAACAAAAAUUGUUAUAAUCAUGAACAAAUUAUUGGAUUUAGUGACACUUUCAACUCGAUGUUUAUACUCCAUUGGGCCAAAUCUUUUAGAAAUGCUUGCAGGCUACGAAAUCAAUCUUACCAAAUAUCAACCUCUCGUUGACAUGCAAUUUGGUGCCCCAAAAUUAAGUUCUCUGGUUAAUAAUUCAUUAACAUUUGGAACAGUUAUGUCAGCUGUUUGUUUAUUCACCAAAGUACUAAACCAAUCAUAUAAGAAGAAUAAAAAGUAUUUAAAUCGAUUAAGAGGUGAUGUUGACCAUUAUAAGGUUGAAGAUUAUUCUUCAUUUGAAGUUGAAGAUAACACAGCAAGUGAUUUAUUCAGUUUAAAGAAAACUGUUCAGACUAUUCAAACUACAUCGCAAAUUGCCAAUUUGAGUACAAGCGGAAACUCAAUGAUUGCAACUACGGAAUGGCUGACAAAAUUCAAUUAUAAACGCACACUAUUUGCUUUGGAAAAUGUUAUGGCAUUUUUAGCCGCUCAAACUUUGUAUACAACAAUGAAUGCAGAAAUUACAAGUCGUGAUCAACAACUUAUUCGGCGCGAGUUAAGUACAGAGCUAUUAUCCUUUCAUGAAUUUGUACGAAAGAAAAUUUUGUCAUCAGAAGAUAUAAUGGUGCGAAAAAAGCUUGGGUCUUGUAAGUUGUAUGUCACCAAUCAUAACAGAAAUGACACAGGAGCGUCAGAUGAAGAGUGCAUCUCCUCGACAGAUGAACAAGAAGAAGACAUCAGUGGUGUUAAGGAAAUUCAAGAAUCGCCUCAGAGUACUAAGAAAAUGUCUGAGAAAUCUAUGCGGAUUGAUGUAAUUCGAAGACUACAUAUGGAAGCAACAUCACGUCAAAAAUCAAAAUUGACUCCUCAGAAGAGACCAAUGUCACGAGUAUCUCAUACAUCUGUUGUUGAUCAGAAUAUUGCUUCUAGUACAAUGCUUCAGCGAUCCACAUCUACGGAGGAACUGAUUAAAGGCAUGGAAGGGGUGCAUGCAGUUGUUGAAAUGUCUGAUUUAUCUCCUAUAAAGUAUUCUCCCUUAGAAAGUAUUAUAUCUAUGGAUGAAACAAUGCCAGCAGAAAGCACUCCAUUUCCACCUAGCACACCAUUGAGAGGUUCACCUGAGUUUUUCCCUGGAACUGAAACUCCUUCACCUGUUUCACAAAGUGACUCAUGUAUUACCAAUAUUAAAUUGUUAAGACCUCCAAGUGAAUCACCUAUUUACUGUCCUUUAACAGAUGUUUUAAUGCUUGAAGAAGAUUAUUUGCAUUUUUUAUCAUAUUUGUUUAUGUAUGUAUGUCCAAUGGACAGUUAUUAG